AUGACGACGACCGAAGGCCAAGACCUUGCCGCCACGACAGUCACUGCUACAAGCUCCACUUCCACAGCACAGUCGACCGCAUCCCCUCGAGCGCUUAGCGAAUCGUCGGGCAGUCUCAAGCGGUCUAGCACACACGAUGCCGAUGACAAUAAGGAUAAGGAUGACGACAAGGAUAAGGAUAACGACGGCUGGCAGACAAUCCAGAACGGGCGGCCCGUGAAGAAGAAGCAAAAGAAGACGCCCGGCGAAAACUCGGGCCGCUACCCCAGAAUCACCUUCUCAGAACAAGCCCAGCUGCAGUCCAAGAUCAAUGUGUCGUCUCUCCGCGAUCUGGUUCUCUACAUCUUUGCCGACGGCCCUUCCCCACGAUGGGUCUCUGUCACGCACCGCCCCGAGUUCAGGAAGAUCGUCACCAUCAUGAUCCCUGGCCUGGAAGAGGCCAUGUUCAAGCCAGACGUUGAUUUUGCUGCCUACAGCAAACUUGCUCCCGAUCAAGCUGCCGACCGGCCCGAUACAUCUCCAGAUGACUACUAUCCUCGUCUCCUCAAGAAGGACGCGCUGCCCCAGCCGCUACAGCCGUUCGCUGAUAUUUUCACACAUCUUUGGCCCGUCAGGGCCCCGGGCGAUGACAAGUACUUCAGACUGCAUUCUCCAGUCCAGACCAUGCUCACUGCUCCCUCCACCAAAUCAAAGGAGGAGAAGAGGGGAUUGAAGGCCGUGACGGACCCCAGCGGGUGGAAGGACGAGAGAACAAGAAUCACGGAGUUCUUGGCAACCCCGGAUGAGCUAAUGGAGAAUGGGUUUCCCACGCACCCUGCCCUGCUUCCAAAAGGAGAACGCCGAGAAAAAUAUAAGAACCCCCCAGGGUGGGUCAGCACUAUAGUCGAGAACCUCGAGGACGGAGAUGUUCUCGAGGCUGACAUUCAGCAAGGCAGCAUCACCGCAGGCCGAGAAAUCCUGGCUGUCGACUGCGAGAUGUGCAUGACGGGAGAGAAAGAGUUUUCUCUGACAAGGAUCAGUUUGGUGUCGUGGGGCGGCGAGGUCGUUAUGGAUGAGCUUGUCAAGCCUGACAAGCCCAUUACCGACUAUGUGACGCGGUUUUCUGGCAUCACCAAGGAGAUGCUAGACCCAGUCACCACAACCCUGAAGGAUAUACAAGCGCGUCUGCUGGACAUUCUUCACCCCCACGCCAUUCUCGUCGGCCACUCGCUUAACUCGGAUCUCAAGGCCAUGAAGCUAGCCCACCCUUUUAUCGUCGACACUUCAAUCAUCUUCCCACAUCCCCGCGGCCCACCCCUCAAGUCGUCCCUCAAGUAUCUCGCGCAGAAAUUUCUCGCCCGUGAGAUUCAGAAAGGCUCCGGAACCUUGUCCGGACACGACAGCAUCGAGGAUGCCGAAACGUGUCUCGAUCUCGUGAAGAAGAAGUGCGAGAAGGGCAAGGCCUGGGGUUCAGGCGAAAACCAGGGCGAGAACAUUUUCAAGCGCCUAGCACGCGCCGGAACCGUUUAUCGAGCCACUGCUGGACCAGCAGCUACAGGCGGUCUCUCCACUGGCAAGACCAGCGCUGCCGUAGACUGGGGUGACCUUACCCGCAACGCUUGCAACGCCGCCACGGUCGCCAUAACCUGCAAUUCGGACGCGGAUAUUGAGGCUGGUAUUAUCCGUGCCGUUCAGGGCGAUCUAGAUGGCCUCGAGGUUCCCGGCGGCGGUGUUGACUUUGUUUGGGCGCGCAUGCGCGAGCUCGAGGCUGUUCAGGGCUGGUGGACUCACAAAAACCCCGACGACAUUGCCACUGGGCCACCUGAUUUUCUGUCUUCUCAACUAGCCGAGGACAGUGAUAGCCCAGAUUUGACCACCCCAUCAGCCCUGGAAACUUGCCUGGCCACCAUCUCCCAGCGUCUCGAGCGCAUCUACGCCGCCCUGCCGCCCUGCACGGCCCUCAUUGUUCUCAGCGGUAGCGGAGAUCCGCGGGAAAUGAACCGUUUGCAGGCGAUGCAGACCCAAUUCAAGAAGGAGUUCAACACCCCUGGCUCCAAGUGGGAUGAGCUCAGCGUGCAGUGGACCGAGACAGAAAACAAGGCGCUGCGCAAGGCGGUGCGCAUUGCCCGGUCUGGCCUCGGAUUCGUGACUGUCAAAUGA